CCUGUGCAGGAUGGGACACAUGGCCAGAGCUGGUGGGAACCUUGGGGUCUGGGGGAGCUUGGUGCUACUGGUUCUGUACGGCUGCACUGUGGCCAGGGUGGCUGUCACCAAUGUCACCGUGGAUGGACUGGAUCCUGGCUCUUCAUAUGAAUGUUCUGUGUGGGUGGAAAGAGAUGGAGUCAACAGCUCCACAGAGACUCUAAAUGCCUCCACAGCUCCAAACCCAGUGAGAGACCUCAAGGUGAAAUCUCAGACCACCAGCUCCAUCAGCCUGAGGUGGGAUGUCCCUGAGGACCACCCCUCCCAGGACCUCACCUACUGGGCCCACUGCAGAAAAGAAGGUGGUAAAAUUAACACCCGGAAUACAACAAUCACCAAUGUCACCGUGGAUGGACUGGAUCCUGGCUCUUCAUAUGAAUGUUCUGUGUGGGUGGAAAGAGAUGGAGUCAACAGCUCUACAGAGACUCUAAAUGCCUCCACAGCUCCAAAACCAGUGAGAGACCUCAGGGUGGAAUCUCAGACCACCAGCUCCAUCAGCCUGAGGUGGGAUGUCCCUGAGGACCACCCCUCCCAGGACCUCACCUACUGGGCCCAGUGCAGUAGAGAAGGUGGUAAAAUUAACACCCGGAAUACAACAGUCACCAAUGUCGCUGUGGAUGGACUGGAUCCUGGCUCUUCAUAUGAAUGUUCUGUGUGGGUGGAAAGAGAUGGAGUCAACAGCUCCACAGAGACUCUAAAUGCCUCCACAGCUCCAAACCCAGUGAGAGACCUCAGGGUGGAAUCUCAGACCACCAGCUCCAUCAGCCUGAGCUGGGAUGUCCCUGAUGACCACCCCUCGCAGGACCUCACCUACUGGGCCCAGUGCAGUAAAGAAGGUGUGGAAAGUAGGAAUCCAAGCACAAGAGACACCAAUGUCACCGUGGAUGGACUGGAUCCUGGCUCUUCAUAUGAAUGUUCUGUGUGGGUGGAAAGAGAUGGAGUCAACAGCUCCACAGAGACUCUAAAUGCCUCCACAGCUCCAAACCCAGUGAGAGACCUCAGGGUGGAAUCUCAGACCACCAGCUCCAUCAGUCUGAGCUGGGAUGUCCCUGAUGACCACCCCUCGCAGGACCUCACCUACUGGGCCCAGUGCAGUAAAGAAGGUGUGGAAAGUAGGAAUCCAAGCACAAGAGACAACAAUGUCACCGUGGAUGGACUGGAUCCUGGCUCUUCAUAUGAAUGUUCUGUGUGGGUGGAAAGAGAUGGAGUCAACAGCUCCACAGAGACUCUAAAUGCCUCCACAGACCUCAUGUCCCCUUGUGUCUCCAUUGCAGCUCCAAACCCAGUGAGAGACCUCAAGGUGAAAUCUCAGACCACCAGCUCCAUCAGCCUGAGGUGGGAUGUCCCUGAGGGCCACCCCUCCCAGGACCUAACCUACUGGGCCCAGUGCAGUAGAGAAGGUGCGGAAAGUAGGAAUCCAAGCACAAGAGACACCAAUGUCACCGUGGAUGGACUGGAUCCUGGCUCUUUAUAUGAAUGUUCUGUGUGGGUGGAAAGAGAUGGAGUCAACAGCUCCACAGAGACUCUAAAUGCCUCCACAGCUCCAAACCCAGUGAGAGACCUCAAGGUGAAAUCUCAGACCACCAGCUCCAUCAGCCUGAGGUGGGAUGUCCCUGAGGGCCACCCCUCCCAGGACCUAACCUACUGGGCCCACUGCAGUAGAGAAGGUUCGGAAAGUAGGAAUCCAAGCACAAGAGACACCAAUGUCACCGUGGAUGGACUGGAUCCUGGCUCUUUAUAUGAAUGUUCUGUGUGGGUGGAAAGAGAUGGAGUCAACAGCUCCACAGAGACUCUAAAUGCCUCCACAGCUCCAAAACCAGUGAGAGACCUCAGGGUGGAAUCUCAGACCACCAGCUCCAUCAGCCUGAGGUGGGAUGUCCCUGAGGACCACCCCUCCCAGGACCUCACCUACUGGGCCCAGUGCAGUAGAGAAGGUGGUAAAAUUAACACCCGGAAUACAACAGUCACCAAUGUCGCUGUGGAUGGACUGGAUCCUGGCUCUUCAUAUGAAUGUUCUGUGUGGGUGGAAAGAGAUGGAGUCAACAGCUCCACAGAGACUCUAAAUGCCUCCACAGCUCCAAACCCAGUGAGAGACCUCAGGGUGGAAUCUCAGACCACCAGCUCCAUCAGUCUGAGCUGGGAUGUCCCUGAUGACCACCCCUCCCAGGACCUCACCUACUGGGCCCAGUGCAGUAAAGAAGGUGUGGAAAGUACCCGGAAUCCAAGCACAAGAGACAACAAUGUCACCGUGGAUGGACUGGAUCCUGGCUCUUCAUAUGAAUGUUCUGUGUGGGUGGAAAGAGAUGGAGUCAACAGCUCCACAGAGACUCUAAAUGCCUCCACAGCUCCAAGACCAGUGAGAGACCUCAGGCUGGAAUCUCAGACCACCAGCUCCAUCAGCCUGAGGUGGGAUGUCCCUGAGGGCCACCUCUCCCAGGACCUCACCUACUGGGCCCAGUGCAGUAGAGAAGGUGCGGAAAGUAGGAAUCCAAGCACAACAGUCACCAACGUCACCGUGGAUGGACUGGAUCCUGGCUCUUCAUAUGAAUGUUCUGUGUGGGUGGAAAGAGAUGGAGUCAACAGCUCCACAGAGACUCUAAAUGCCUCCACAGCUCCAAACCCAGUGAGAGACCUCAGGGUGGAAUCUCAGACCACCAGCUCCAUCAGCCUGAGGUGGGAUGUCCCUGAGGACCACCCCUCCCAGGACCUCACCUACUGGGCCCAGUGCAGUAAAGAAGGUGGUAAAAUUAACACCCGGAAUACAACAGUCACCAAUGUCACCGUGGAUGGACUUGAUCCUGGCUCUUCAUAUGAAUGUUCUGUGUGGGUGGAAAGAGAUGGAGUCAACAGCUCCACAGAGACUCUAAAUGCCUCCACAGCUCCAAACCCAGUGAGAGAACUCAAGGUGAAAUCUCAGACCACCAGCUCCAUCAGCCUGAGGUGGGAUGUCCCUGAGGGCCACCCCUCCCAGGACCUAACCUACUGGGCCCACUGCAGUAGAGAAGGUUCGGAAAGUAGGAAUCCAAGCACAAGAGACACCAAUGUCACCGUGGAUGGACUGGAUCCUGGCUCUUUAUAUGAAUGUUCUGUGUGGGUGGAAAGAGAUGGAGUCAACAGCUCCACAGAGACUCUAAAUGCCUCCACAGACCUCAUGUCCCUUUCUGUCUCCAUUGCAGCUCCAAACCCAGUGAGAGACCUCAGGGUGAAAUCUCAGACCACCAGCUCCAUCAGCCUGAGGUGGGAUGUCCCUGAGGACCACCCCUCUCAGGACCUCACCUACUGGGCCCACUGCAGUAGUGAAGGUGCGGAAAGUAGGAAUUCAAGCACAACAGACACCAAUGUCACCGUGGAUGGACUGGAUCCUGGCUCUUUAUAUGAAUGUUCUGUGUGGGUGGAAAAAAAUGGAGUCAACAGCUCUAGAGUGAACAUCACUAACUCCACAGUCCCCGCUGCUGUCAACAGCAUCUCCUGUGUCAGCACCUCUGGAGGCUACGGGGCCUUCCUGAACUGGUCCUGCCCAUCUGGAGCUUAUGAGACCUUUGAGGUGGAAGUGCACAGACAGAGAAGCUCCCAGAAUGGAGAUUUGUGCGAGAAGGGCAUGUCUGUGUCAGACCUUGGGCCAGCUCAGUCCUACACGGCCACUGUCACCACUGUCUCGAAUGGACUAAAGGCCCCAUCCGUCUCUGUGACCUGCUACACAGAGAGCGCAGGGGUCAUUGCGGGAGCCAUCGUGGGCGUCCUCCUGUUUUUCAUCCUGGUGGGUCUCCUGAUUUUCUUCCUGAAGAGGAGAAAGAAGAGCCAGGAGGAGGGAGCGCAUAAGCAUCUGGUGUUCAGCUUCCCAGGGGACAUCCUAGCCAAAGACUUUGCUGACCACGUCAUGAAGAACGGGAAGGAUAGCAACUAUGGAUUUGCCAGGGAGUAUCAGCAAUUGUCUCUGGAGGGCCAAGGCCAGCCGCAGACGACAGCAUCGGCUCUGGAGAACGCAUCCAAGAACCGCUACAGGAAUGUGCUGCCCUAUGACUGGUCCCGGGUGCCCCUAAAGCCCCUCCAGGAUGAACCAGGCUCUACCUAUAUCAACGCUAGCUUCAUACCUGGUCUCUGGAGCCCCAGGGAAUUUAUUGCAACCCAGGGUCCCCUGCCUCACACUGUGGGGGAUUUCUGGCGUAUGGUGUGGGAACAGCAGAGCCACACCCUGGUCAUGCUAACCAACUGCAUGGAGUCUGGACGGGUGAAGUGUGAGCAUUACUGGCCUCUGGAUUCUCAGCCCUGCACUCACGGGCAGUUGCAGGUGACACUGAUGAAUGAAGAGGUGAAGGAGAACUGGGCAGUGAGGGACCUCCAGCUCUUCCAUGUAAAAGAGCAUCAGUCUCUCUCUGUGCGCCAAUUCCACUACCUGGCCUGGCCAGAUCACGGAGUCCCUUACUCCCCGGACCCCUUGCUAGCUUUCCAGAAGAUGCUUCGGCAGUGGUUGGACCAGAACAUGGAUGGAGGCCCUCCCAUUGUGCACUGCAGUGCUGGUGUGGGCCGGACAGGCACCCUAAUUGCCCUGGACGUCCUGCUCCGGCAGCUGCAGUGUGAGGGGCUGGUAGGUCCCUUCAGCUUCGUGAAGAAGAUGAGAGAGAGCCGACCACUGAUGGUGCAGACAGAGGCCCAGUAUGUAUUUUUCCACCAGUGCAUCCUGAAAUCCCUCCAGAAUUCAGCCUCCACCCUCAACCAAAAGGAUGUAGUCUAUGAGAAUGUAGCUGCCAUCAGAGCUCAUGAGUCUGAGGUCUCAGCUACUGGGUGCUGAGCCUUAUGCACAGUAAUACUCAGGCUGGAUAUGGAGCCCAGAUACCUGGACCUCCAAGAGAACUGAGGAUUGGAGUCCCAGCCUCCCCAGCACACUGGAACGCCAUCUCCUGUUGUCCACAGACAGGAUGGGACUAAUGUACUUCAACUAUGAGCCCUGCGGGAGCUGGAAGCCCAAGGACAGGGUUGACAGGCAAUUUCCUGUGUUUUUGAGUGGGGGUGGCUGUGCCUGGGUAUGCAGGUUCUCAAAGAAAUAGGCUGGAACCUGGAUUCGGAAGAAAGAAUUGGGGUCUGGAAUUCUGCUACCUGAGGAACAAGGGCAGACAGGUACUCGCCAGUCCCCCCCCACACACACACCUUAUUUCUGAAACCAAACCAGUCUCCUUGAAUUGGAGGCUGAAGGAGUCCCUUUGCUUGUGGGCUCCGUGCAGCCCAUGCUUGCACAUUCUUUCCGUCUACGUAAUUUAUUUUACUAUUCUCCCUAAGGUGGAUAUUUGUGUCUGGAGACAAUACUUGGGGUAGAAGAGGGGGUUCCAGACCUUAACAUGUGAACAAACAUGUAUGGAGAGGCUCUUGAAGAGUCCAUUAUAUUCUACCACCUCGUUUAAAAAACAAAACAAAACAGGAUUGAGGCUGGAAGGAUAGCUCAGUUGGUUGGGAAAAUGCUUGCUUUGCAGACUUGGGGACCUGACUUUGAGGCCCCAGAGACCCAUGUGGGAAAAGCUGGGUGUGGGCGGACUUGCUUGUAGUGCCUAAUUGAGGAGGCAGAGAUGGACAGCCAGCCUAACCUACUUGGUGUGUUCCGUGCCAAUGACAAAAUGGACAGGGACACUGAGGCGGCUCAUCCAGAAAAGGCACUUCCUGUAAGCUCUGGUGACUUGAGUUCAAUCCCCGGGAAGCCACAUGGCUGUAGGAGAGAGCCAGCACCUUCCAACUGUCUUUUGGCCUCCACAUAUC